AUGUCCAAACCCGAUCCCAAAGCUACGACGUACGAGCCGCUGAACGAGGGCGUAGGCGAGUGGGCGCCUGCCCGCGUCACCCUCCCCAUCCCCAUGGGCGAAGUCGCCGCGCGUACCUCGGUCGACAUGGCCACCGCUCGCGCCGCGGCGUCGUUCGAUCCCACGCGCAUCGAGGAGACCCUCCGCGACGCGCGCAUCGACAACGAAUCGCGCAUCAAGGUCAUGACCGUCCUGUCCAAGGAUCCCAUCUUUGCCAACUGGAAGAAGCGCAUGCCGCACAUGAACCGCGAGCAGCAGAUGCGCCAGUCGCACUUUGCCUGUCGUCGCAUCCUCGAGCUCGGAGAGCAGAACGAGUGGACGACGCACGAGAUCGUCGAGGCCGUGCUCACGCUUGAUCUUCAGAGUCCCAUCACCAUCCACUGGGUCGCGUUUGUGCCUGUCAUCUUUGGCCAGGGCAACGCGGAACAGAUCGAGAGGUGGGGUGAGAAGGCUAUGAACCACGAGAUUCUGGGUUGUUACAUGCAGACCGAGCUCGGACACGGAACCAACGUUCAGCAGCUCGAGACGACGUGCACGUACGACGAGGAAUCCGACGGAUUCGUUCUUCACAGCCCCACCCUGACUUCGACCAAAUGGUGGGCCGGUGGAUUGGGUACCACCUCCACCCACGGCAUCGUCCAAGCCCAGCUGAUCAUCAAGGGCAAGUCGUACGGUCCCCAUCUGUUCUUCUGCCAACUGCGCGAUAUGGAGACGGGCAAGCUGCUCGACGGCCUCGUGGCGGGCGAUAUCGGUCCUAAGACGUACGGCGCCUUCGGCGGUCUCGACAACGGUUGGGCGCGAUUCGACCACUUCAAGAUCCCUCGCGACCACAUGCUCUCCAAGCACGCCAAAGUCAAGAAGGGAGGCGAGUACGUCAAGCCCCCUUCCGACAAGCUCAGCUACGGUGGCAUGAUCUUCAUCCGUUCGCAGAUGAUCGACCGAACCGGCUGGAUGCUGAGUCGUGGUGUGACGAUCGCUACGCGCUACACGCUGGUUCGUCGUCAGUUCAGGGACCCGAGCAGCAAGGAUGUCAACGAUGUCGAGCGCUCCGUCCUGUCGUAUCCUUCGACAGCGCGCCGCAUUUUGCCUCUGCUGGCCAAGGCGUACGCGUACAUCCUGGCGGGUCGUCGCAUGCGCACGCUGUACGAGGACAUGGCCCAACAGCUCGAGGAGGGCAACACGGAGUUGCUCGCCGAUGUCCACGUCGCCUCGUCCUCGCUCAAGGCGUACUGCACCAAGCAGGCGCUCGACGGCAUCGAAGAGUGUCGUCAGGCUCUCGGUGGUCACGGUUUCCUCGCCUCGGCCGGUUUCACCCAGGUCUUCCCCGAACAGGCCCCCGCGGUCACCUACGAGGGCGACAACAUUGUCCUCGCCUCCCAAGUCGGUCGUGCCAUGCUCAAGCUCUCCGGCGAGCUCGAUGGCAACUCGUCCGCCAAGGUCGCCGCCACCUCUGGGUUCCUCAAGGCCAUCAGCCAGGCCAACGCCAUCCCCUUCACCCAGCCCAAGAGCUCGGCCGACUGGUACAAGCCCGAGGUAUACAGCGCCGCUCUCGGCCUCCGUGCCGCCCAGCUGGUCGUCGACCUGCGCGCCGAGAUCAAAUCCGGUCGCCCCUUCGUCGAUCUCAGCUUCGAAUGCAUCGAGGUGGCCAAGAGCCACGCCGAGUUCGUCGUCGAUCUGUGGUUCGGCGAGGGCAUUCGGGAUGAUGCACAGCGUCUAGGUGAGAAAGAAUGUGCUUGGCUCAACAAGCUCGUUACGCUGCACGCUCUCACCGCUCUGUCGCGCAACAUCACGCCGUUGGUGCUGCCCGCGAGCCAGGGUCGUGCGUUGGCAGGCUACAAGACCGGUCAGGCGAUCCUGGCGCCCGAGUCGGUGAUUCUGCUCGAGAAGGCGAUCAGGGAGUUGGUCACCGAGAUUUUGCCUCAGGUGAUCGGGUUGAGCGACGGGUUUGGUUGGUUGGACUGGGAGCUCGGUAGCAGUCUCGGCAGGAAGGACGGUAGGGUGUACGAGCACCUCAUGGCAGAUGCAGAGGCCAACCCGCUGAACCACCCCGGCGCCGUGCCGAGCCUGGAGACCAUUGACAAGGUCGGCAUUUACAAAUACGGAUCCGCUAACACCGGCAAGGGUAUUCCGGAUUGGUACGGCAGCGAGAUCGGCCCUCUGCUCACCGCCGCUGCUCGACGGGCCAACUUGUAG